AUGAUAGGUGUGUUGGGUGGUUACGUGCAGAGCAUUCUGUUUGCAUUCGCCACGCGCUCUUCGUUGAUCCUUCUCGCUGGCAGUUUUGCAUUCUUUGCUGGUGCAAUUUCGCCCGGAUAUCGUUCGUUCUUCUCACGUCUUGUCACUAAGGAAGAGACGGCAAGGCUGUUUAGUUUCUUCAGCAUCAUUAUGAUGUUAUAUCCAGUUUUAGCAGCACUUAUAUUUAACAACAUAUUCAAUGCAACAAUUAGCACGUGGCCGGGUUUUGCCUUCUUCGUAGCUUCCGUUUUGCAGUUCAUCGUUUUCUGUGUACAAAUUUUGUUGCACUAUUUAUUACACGAGCAGUGGAAGGAGAAUUAUUGCCAGUUGGAUCAUGGUUUUUCGGAGAAUCAGCCUGACUGUGCAUCAUUACCAACCGAACAAUAUUCUUGA